CAACACUAUCCUUGUGAAAAGCUGCUACACCCUGGACGUUUACCAGAGACAACAGGCUUAUCUGACUGCUACCUGCUGCUCUGUACACCGCUCACGAUCCCUCCAGGCGAACCUCAGCAAAACAAGCAAAGAUGCAGGAUUUAUUAAGGCCGCAAGCAACGAUAAAAUGAUUCUGCUAUUUAUGUGAUUGCAUUUUUACUUUUUUUAACCACAGGGAAAGACUUAGAGGGAGACAGAACACAGGUGGGUUGAACAGUUUACAAUGGAAGGCUUACCUGUUGGCGGGACAGUGCACACCUAUGACCAUGGAGGAGGGGGGAGUGUUGUGGGGCUGCUAAAAGAUGGAAAAUCUCCUAAGUUGCAUGUUUAUGAGUUGUUCCAUGAAGAUGCACAGGGCUUCCAGCUGUCGAGUCAACCCUGGUGGAGGAUAAAACUCUUUGUUUGGGAGCCUGUCCUGUUUGGCACAUGGGAUGGCGUCUUCACCUCAUGCAUGAUCAACAUUUUUGGUGUUGUGCUAUUUCUGCGAACUGGGUACCUUGUGGGGAACACUGGAGUGUUGCUGGGCAUGUUCCUGGUCUCUCUGGUGGUUGUUGUGGCUCUGGUAACAGUGUUUUCAGGUAUUGGGAUAAGUGAGCACUGUGGAGUUGGAGGAGGAGGGAUCUACUCCAUGAUCUCCUGUGUCCUGGGUGGCAGAGUGGGAGGGACAGUUGGACUCUUGUAUGUGUUUGGACAGUGUGUAGCGGGGGCCAUGUACAUCACAGGUUUCUCAGAGUCAGUUGCGGUGCUUUUGGGUCUUCAGCAGCAGUGGGCAGUGCGGAGCAUGUCUGCAGUUGUGCUUUUGGCUCUGCUUGGCAUAAACCUGGCCGGUGUGAAGUGGAUCGUGCGUCUGCAGCUGCUUCUGUUGGCCGUGCUUGCAGUCUCCACUCUGGACUUUGUCGUUGGCACCUUCACUCACCUUGACCCCGAACAUGGCUUUGUUGGUUAUUCCAAAGAACUGCUCCAAAGUAAUUCAAUGCCAGAUUACAGCCCAGGAGAAAGUUUCUUCACUGUUUUUGGGGUAUUCUUUCCAGCUGCUACAGGGGUUAUGGCAGGCUUCAACAUGAGCUCCGACCUUCAGCGGCCUGAACACAACAUCCCGGUGGGAACGCUCGCAGCUGUCUUCACCUCGUGGUUCCUGUAUCUGGUCUUUGUCUUCCUCCUGGGGGCCAUCUGCACCAGAGAGACACUGCGCUAUGACUUCUUAAUAGCAGAAAAGGUCUCCUUGGUGGGUUUCCUCUUUCUCCUCGGCCUCUACAUCUCAUCCUUGGCUUCUUGCAUGGGCGGCCUGUACGGAGCUCCCAGAAUCCUUCAGUGCAUCGCUCAGGAGCGGGUCAUCCCUGCUCUAGCCUUCCUGGGACAAGGGAAAGGCCCUAACAAAACACCAGUGGCUGCCAUCUGCCUCACCAGCCUGUUGACUAUGGCUUUUGUAUUGAUCGGACAAGUGAACAUUUUGGCUCCUAUAGUUACCAUCAACUUUAUGCUCACAUAUAGCUUAAUUGACUAUUCCUUCUUCAGUGUGGCUAUGACCUACCGACUUCAGGCCAAAGAUAAAAAUAAAACACAUUUCUUGACCAAACAAAAGCAAUGUAGAACCACCUCAGGUAUCUCUAGACCACUCAUUGAAAAUACUCUCCCAAAAUAUGGCAGCAGUGGCCAUAGUCCACAGAGGAAUUUGUGGGAAUUUACAAACGAUAUGAAUCAAUUUUUUCCAGUUGGUGGUGGAUCUAUGAAAAACAUGUCUUUCAAAGAACAAAAAGACAAAAACAAGAGUAAAGUAGAUGUCAAGCAGAUGCUAAUGAACAGUUUUGAUUUGAAAAGUGACAACAAAACAAAACAUUCGGAUGGACAAGAGGAGGAAAAGACAAGUGAUCUGACAAGUGCGGAUAAAACUGACCCAGGAUCUGUGCUGACAAGGGACAAUGAGCUUCACCCACCUCUGGAGCAAAAUAACAACACUGCAGUUUCAGAUCAUGAGGUUUCCAAAGACCAUGAAAGAGUUGAAAUAAAACCUAUUACCAAUUCAUUUUAUCUAAAAGUCUGCAACCAUUGGGUAGCUCUGAUUGGGGCCAUCAGCUCGAUUGUAAUCAUGUUUGUUAUUGAAUGGAUCUAUGCACUGGCAAACAUAAUUGUGGCCUUGCUACUUUUUUUCUACAUUGGAAAAACGAGCCCUGGACUACCUACAGGUAUUGCAGCUCGUUUCAGCUUUUUUACAUGGCUGAAAACAACACUAAAAAGCAUUCUCAGGAAAAAAGGCCUCCCUCAGGAUGAGAUAGUUAUGACACCGUCUCUUCCCGGCGUCGGAUUGAAAACUAAACAACUGACUGAAGAAAAUGCUGAUUUUGCUUCUCGACUCAAAUAUCACCAGUCUUCUUUCAUAGAACCAGACAACAUGGUACAUCCAACAUUGUCUGAAGUUAACGAUUGUCUUAGAUGAUGUUGGAAGAACUCAUGUUUCCCACUGUAAAUAAAAUUAUUGCAAAUUAACAA